AUGCCCACCGCCAUCGCAAUCCGCAAAAUCGACGGCAAGCCCGGCUCCGUCUACUACCCACUGGAGAAAAUCAGCGUGCCCGCCGCAACGCCGACGUCAGCGACGCACGUCACCCUGCGCAUCUCGGCCGCGGCCCUCAACCACCGCGACCUCUUCAUCCGGCAGCACCUGUACCCAGGCACGACCUUCGGCGUGCCGCUUCUGGCCGACGGCGUCGGCGUCGUUACAGCCACUGCCGCUGGCGCCGACGCGGGCACGCAGCGCUGGGUAGGCAAGCGCGCGCUGCUCAACCCGGGCACGGGGUGGAAGGCGGACCCGGCGGGGCCCGAGGACCCGCGCGGCUACGCGAUUCUCGGCGGCACGAAGCUGAAUCCCGUCGGCACGCUGUGCGAGGAGGUGUGCGUCGACGCGGGCGAGCUGGAGGAGGCGCCGGCGCACCUGAGCGACGUCGAGGCCGCGGCGCUGCCGCUGACGGGCCUGACGGCGUGGCGGGCCGUCGUGACCAAGGCGGGCAGGGAGAAUGUGGGCGCCGGGAAGAACGUGCUUGUGACGGGGAUCGGCGGGGGUGUGGCGUUGAUGGCGUUGCAGUUUGCGAGCGCGCUGGGCGCCAGGGUGUUCGUGACCAGCGGGAGCGAGGAGAAGCUCGAGAAGGCGAAGAAGUUGGGGGCGGCGGGCGGUGUGAACUACAAGGAGGAAGGGUGGGAGAAGAAGCUGCAGGGGUUGGUCGGGCAGGGUGGGAAACUGGAUGCGAUUAUUGAUGGUGCGGGUGGCGAUGUCGUGGAGAAGGGAGCGAAGUUGCUGAAGAACGGUGGCGUCAUCGUGUCCUACGGCAUGACCCUCGGCCCCAAGAUGCCCUUCCUCAUGAGCGCUGUCCUCAAGAACAUCGAGCUCAAGGGCUCAACCAUGGGCUCUCGUCUUGAGUUCAAGCAGAUGGUCGACUUCGUCAAGGAGAAGAAACUCAAGCCCGUCAUUUCGCGUGUUGUAUCCGGCAUCGAUAACAUUGAGGGUAUUGAUGGACUGUUUGACGACAUGAAGAAGGGUAGUCAGUUUGGAAAGCUGGUCAUCGAGAUUGCCAAGGAUGGUGAGAGUAGUAAGUUGUAA